AUGAAACUAGCAGGAUCAACGGAUGAAUUGUUCAAGAAGUUGACCUUUGGGAUCAGAAAAAGACGGCUGGAGCAAAGAAAAAAAGAAACUGACCAUAGUUUACCACUCGCACGGAUACUGCCAGAUGAUUGCAAAGAAAUAUGCAAACGAAAUAAAAAUAAAAACAGUGAAAUAAACAACGAGACAAGCAAUAGUUUAAUAACAUCUGAAAAAGAACCUAAAAUUCUUGGAGGAUUUGAGAAUGUUUUAAAAAAGAAGAAAAGAUGCAGAAGUCUGGCUGUUAAGAAAGAACAGAUCGCACAUUUGCGCAAAUUAAAUCGUAUAUUUGUUUGGGGCGAUAAUAUUCCUGAUCCAUUGAUACAUUUUACCGGAAUUCAUGGGCUAUCGCAAGAACUUAUCAAUAACUUAAAAGAAUUUGGUAUCACGGAACCAACUCCAAUUCAGAUGCAAGCCAUUCCAGUAAUGAUGCAGGAAAGAGACUUAUUAUGUAGCGCUCCUACAGGAUCUGGUAAAACAUUAGCUUUUGCUCUGCCGAUCAUUUUUGAUGUGGUGCGUCGCAAAAGUCAUAAUUCAAAAGAUCAGUUAAAUGCUGUGGUACUUGAACCGACUCAUGAACUUGUUAAACAGACAUACGUCCAGUUCCUGAAAUUUUCUCACAAUCUGUCCGUUUCAUGUUCUUUUCUGGAGGGAAACGAAAUCCCGGAAAAUAUAAACGUUCUUAUUUCAACACCAAAUAAACUGGUUUAUGCUUUGAACAAAAACAGCAAAAUAUUAUUGGACGGACUUAAUUGGCUUGUUAUUGAUGAAAGCGAUAGACUUUUUGAUACUACGGAAGGAGAUGACAGGUGCUUCAGGAAUCAGCUUGCCCAGAUAUAUCAAGCGUGCAGUGAAAAUUCUGUGCGUCGCGCCCUUUUUAGUGCAACAUUUUCAUACGAGGUUGAAGAUUGGUGCAAAAAGAAUCUUUACAAUGUAGCUAUGAUUUGUAUUGGCUCACGAAAUUCAGCGGUUAGCAGCGUGAAACAAGAGCUGAUUUUUGCUGGAUCGGAGCAUGGUAAAAUUAUAGGUCUAAGAGCAUUAUUUCAAAACAGUUUCAAACCUCCAGCGCUCAUUUUUGUUCAGAGUAAAUUGCGAGCAAAACAACUGGUGCCAAUUAUCGAGUCACUUCAGCCGCCAAUUCCGGUGAAAAUGAUUUCUAGUGAAAAAACGGAGAUUGAGCGUGAGUCUGCAAUUGCCGAAUUUCGCAGUGGACAUGUUUGGGUUUUAAUUUGUACAGAUUUAAUGAGUCGCGGAUUGGAUUUGAGCGGAGUAAAUUUAGUAGUCAAUUUCGAUCUUCCAACUUCCAUUAUCAGCUAUAUCCAUCGAAUUGGUCGGGCAGGACGAGCUGGGCGAAGAGGACAUGCAGUUACAUAUUUUACCGAAAGUGAUUUGAACUUCAUCCGUCCAAUAGCAACAGUCAUCAAGCAAGCCGGUUUUAAAGUUCCAGAAUAUACUUUGAGAAUGCGAAAACCAACAAAGAAAGAGAAGAAAAAAUUGUUAAAACAUGCUCCAAAACGAAAAAAUAUUGGAUCUUUAAAAAAAGCAAGUGGAAAGAGAAAAGAAGAGAAAAAACGAAAGAAGGAGGUGGUUGCUUAA